AUGAGUACCAAGGAAAAUGAAGAACCGAGUUUUGUUAAACAAAAGUUUGAUCCUAGUAAUCCUUCGACGUAUUCUACGAAAAAAGGAGGACGGUUUUGCUUGGAUGAUUUCGAAAUAGGUCGCCCUCUGGGAAAAGGUAAAUUUGGAUCAGUUUACCUGGCUCGUCUCAAGAAAAACGGGUUUCUGGUCGCUUUGAAGGUUCUUUUCAAGAGUCAAUUGAAAAAGAGCAGUGUUGAGCAUCAACUUCGAAGAGAGAUCGAAAUUCAAGGGCAUCUGCGGCAUCCUAACAUUCUCCGGAUGUAUACUUAUUUCUGGGAUGAAAAGAGAAUCUACUUGGUGUUGGAGUACGCGCAGGGUGGAGAAAUGUACAAAGUUCUCAAAAAAGCGAAUAGAUUUGAUGAAACUACGGCUGCUGUGUUCAUGUUCCAAAUGGCUGACGCACUCAAGUACUGCCACGAGAAGAAAGUUAUUCAUAGAGAUAUCAAGCCAGAAAACUUACUGAUAGGGGAUAAUGGAGAGUUGAAGAUUGCUGAUUUCGGAUGGAGUGUCCAUGCUCCAAAUCAAAAACGACAAACAAUGUGUGGUACUUUGGAUUACUUACCGCCGGAGAUGGUACUGGGUGAGGAACAUCGAGAAUAUGCGUACUCUGCUAUGAGUUUCUUAGUCGGUACACCUCCGUGCGCGGUACCAGCAGCGCAGGUCUCGACGGAUUCUGCUAGCACCUACAGAGCCAUCCGGAAUGUGAUGAAUCACGAGUGGGUGCAAUUCCACCUUCAAAAGCGACAGGAGAAGUCAUCAAAUUCCAAGACAUCAAGGAGAGUGCACGCGUCCGAUAACUUCUAA